GCAAAGCAGCUUAGCUUACAAUCGUCCGCUGUGGCGGCGAUUAGUGGUGGGGGUCCUGGUUUGUCAGCGGCGGCAGUCGCGAGCGUCUUGAGCGGCGGGACUGGCAACACCCUCAACUCCUCAAGCCCUACACUUGCUUCGCAUACCGGCACAACUGCGCUUCCGAUGGUCUUGCCCGAGGCCCCCUGGUUACAAGAGUGCAUGGGUGAGGAUAAAGAGACAAUCCCACUGCGAUACUUGCUGGUGAGCCGACUCGAGCUCUCUCUUUGGGUUGCCUACUGGCGUCGUAUGAAUCGGUGUUCCGUCUCCGGGCCCAGGGUACCCGUAGGACUAAAGGGAGUGACGGAGCAGAUAAAACAUCUGCAAGAAUUUGCUCUCAAAGCUGAUCCUGCUCAACUGGCAGCCCUUUUUGAAGGGCUACGUCCGGCUCAGCACGUACUACUGCAGCAGCAGCCCUUGAAGAUGACGGGGGAUAAAGUAGUGAGAUGUCGGGAGGGAGGCGAGCAUAGUUUGGAUGGAUCAGGAAGUAUGAGAACAGCUCAACUAAUGAUGGAGCGUUUGCUGUUGAUUCCUCUUCACUGGGUCUAUCAAGAUGAGGGCAAAAUUGUCCGGCGCGUUUUGGAGCGAAUCCAGGCAGCCUGUGCGGACUUGGUGGCUCAAGAGCUCUUGAUGGAGGAUGAGGCCAGAAGUAACAUGUCCACUGAUACUGGAUCCUGCAAUCAAGCCAAGAAGAAAAAGAAAAAGAAGCAGUCUCAACAACAGCAAAGAGUGAAGGAGCAGCUGAGGCUUGAAAAACAGGGGGUCGUGCCAAGAACGUCGCUGCCAAAAGUUGGUGAAUCGACGAUUGAUAGGGGUCUUGGAGCCGUAAUGAGCAAUGGUCUGAGGCUAGAGGGAACGCCGGAUGUAGACGGGCAUCAAAUGGAAGAACAACUUUUUGCAAAUCGAAGGAUCAAAGGAGAAGACGGUGUGGUUGACGAAGAGAUGAGGCCUUUUUCCGGGUCCUCGGCGUUCAGAAUACGUCGAUCCACCGAUAGUGCGAGGAAGACGACGGGCUUAGUCACGGCGGUGGUGAAAGAGGACCGGGAGGACCAGGAUGACCUAUGGGAGGAGGUAGGACGACGCGGCACAGUGAUGAAAAAGCCAUCGCUUCCUCCGUCAUUGACCAGCAAAACGGCCUCGGCGCACAUGAAUUCGAAGUCGGGCGACAGUUCCAAGCAAGUGACAAGCAAACAUUCAGACACAGAGGUAAAGGAUACUCUUUUGCAGCCGUGUUAUGCGGAGUGCGGAACAGGACGUGCUGGGGGACGCGACAGUACUGGACCGAUCGAGGCUUGCCGCAACGUUGCUGGUGACAAUCUGGUUGAAGAAAUCCACAAAGUAAAAAAGGAGAAUGGUGAAAGCGCCGACGUGUCGGCACCUCUGCGGACUGAUGGGGCUCAGGCCAUAUCAACAAAUGCUGCAACAAUCCUGGAAGCUGCAGGCGCAGCAUCUUUGGUGGCAGCAGAAGACCCAUCGAAUUCUAGCCAUUGCCCGGCUACAAAGGGCUGUUCGUCGGCUCUUUCGCCAUCACAUACACCAACCUCCCCACCCUGCGUCCCUCCGCGCCCCUUGUAUCUGUCCUCAGAUCAACCAGCUAUAAGUGAUCCCACUUCUAUAGAGCCGGCGCCUGCCUUUGUCCAUCUCAUGGUCGACCAUGCUGCUCCCACUGAUGCCGACCCCACAUCUUCCGUCCCUAGCAUCAAAGUGUGCCCCAAUCGGGUGAGCGAUGUGACUGAGGAUGAAAAAGGAAAGGAGAUGCAAUUGGCAGACCGGAUUGGUACCGAAGGCAAGGCGGACGCAGGGCCUGUGGACUGCCAGGAAAAUGCACCACCUGUGGAUGCGGAUGGUCAGACGUCGGCAGGAGUGGUGGAGAAAGCACGAGCUAAGAAGAAAACUCACAACAGGCGAGAGUACAAGCAACGGCGACAGAUGCGUGACGCCAUUUCGAGCAUAUUGACAGGUUUAUUGGACAAGGUGGACCAGAUCGUCAGUGCCGGUCAAGAAGAGAUGCAAGGAGACCAUCCAGCGUUCAGGAAAGACGCGUUUUCUAUGUCUGACGACACCCUGCAUCAAGGAGCGCUCAAGCCAAAAUAUUACAGGGACGGUCAAAGGGUGGAUAAGGCCUCAAUGAACAAGGCUACAUCGCGGGCGCAAUAUGCCGCUUCCGGCAUCAAGGCACAGGGAAUUCAAAAAGUGCCUGCACCUAAAUCCGUGCAGCGACAGCGCCCAGAUCAGGAGCAGGAAUAUAUAGACGUGCAUCAGGUUCAUUGCAAGCCUUUAGCAAGCUACGUUCAUCAACAACCAAAUGGCAGGCUUAAAUACAAAGCCUAUGACCACAUGAAAGGCGCCCCCUGCUGCGGCUCUGCCUCAUUGCCUCGGAUGUGUAAUUCGCAGCAUGCGCAGCACUUUCCCGUUCACGGAAACGGGCGGGCAUGGGGAUCACAGGGUUGUGGAGGAGAUGCUGGUGUCCACAUGUUUCCGUCAAGCCGUCUCCCUCUCUACCCACGCAUCCACCAGUACCACCACAACCCGCAGUACUAUCAAGAGUAUCCGCGAGCACGCCGGGGUGGGGUUGAGUUAUGUGCGACAUCGAUGGGGGCCAACGGUGGGCAGCGAGGGCAGCUCAAUGAUGGCUCAGAUGGCUGGAAGGAGUGUAACGACCACCGAGUGGUUUUUCAGUACCCUUUACUUCAGCAGACUCCAGUCCAAGGCCUUCAUAACCAGUAUCGACAUCACCGUCAGCACUUGCAGGCACAACGCAGGCUCAAGAGUAAAACUGAGAGAAGUGACGGCUACGGUACCACGACGGGGGAUUUUGAGUCGGUUGUUCCUCCCCCUCUCGUGCUUCAGCAGCCUCAUGAGCUUUACGCCCUGGAUAUGGAAGCAGAGCAAGCGCGGCUUGCUUACAAUCAGGGAAUCGAUGCUAUGCGUUCACAGCUUUCUGAAAAUAUUGCUGAUUUUAUGAAAAAUCGCGAAACGAAAAUGAUGGAACAUCGGGCUGCGCGGGAGAGGAUUCUUGAAGAAGUGCGUUCAAUUAUUCAGAGUUUGUGGGCUGGGUCAAGAGUAGAAUUAUACGGGUCCUGCUUUACUGGUCUUGAUUUGAUCUCAAGCGAUUUGGACCUAGUUGUUUGCGGUUUGAAGCCAGCAGGUACUGCAUCGCCCGCCCUAUCAGCGCUUAGUAUUAAGACUCCACAAAUGAGUCGGCAGCAAGACCGAAAGCAAGGGGGAACCACGAGUUCGUCGUCUCCCGAGGGUACUUGUAGUAUAAGCACGACCACUAGUGGCAAAAGCUGCAUUAGUAGCAGCAGCACGACCAGCACCACCACCAGUAACAGUACUGGUUGUACCACUGGACAGUCUAGCGCCGCAUCAUCUGUUGCUGGAGAGGAGGAGGAGGAGACAGACAACCAUAGCCACAGCCAGCUGAGCGAUACAAGUAGUAACAACACUACCGCCAGGACCGCCACGGGAUCUCGCUCUCCCGCCCUCUCCUCACCGGCUUCCUCUCCACGGUUCGGUCCUGCUGUCUCUUCGACUACAAGCGCAAUAACGAGCUCGACAACGCCUCCUCGCUCGCUGCCUCCCGGACACAGCGAGUCAGCAAGACUCUUAUACCAGCUUGCAGGAGCAUUGGAAGGGCGAGCCUGGAUCCGCUCUAUCAAAACGAUCGACACCGCAUUUGUACCUGUCAUCAAAAUCCUUGCCGACCCCGCUGCGCUUUCCACGGGACAAGAAAGUCUUGCGCCUGGGUCCGCGACAACAUUGGUGCCAGUGGACAUCUCUUUGGAAGGCCCGCAGCACGGCGGCAUUGCCAGCUCCUUGCUCAUCCGCGAUCUCGUGGGUCCAGGAAAGCCCUACGCGCAUGCUGUGCCUCUGACGCUGGUGCUGAAGGCGCUUCUGAUGCAGCGGGGCCUGAAUCAACCUUGGUGCGGCGGCAUUUCUUCUUAUGCACUCAUGCUUAUGGUCAUCACUGUUCUCCAACAGUUUGAAAGGCCCGAAGAAGCGCAAGCAAAUGUUAUGGCUAUUGCACGAUCUGUGGAUUGCAUUAAACGCCGUGUCCUUCAGUCCCAUUCAAGCAGUGAUGAGAAAAAUUGUGGGACAAGGACCAGUAUUCGUGGUGAAAAUUGCGUGGAUCAUAGCAUUUCAUCGAAAGAGGGCAAAAGAAGUCAGCGAGAUGAUGCAUCAAGCAACACGGAUGCAAACGGUACCAUGGACUACGGGAAAGCAGUGCGCGGCGCUCUGCACAGUCUGGAGGAUGAAGUUCACAAGGGAGAGGAGUACUUCGAAGUCAGACCUCCCCCUCCGCUGGUGACAGGUGGCUACGGCAGCCCUGCUGAGGUCUCUUAUCGGCUCUGGUCCCAGUUUGCCGCGGCGCAGACGUCAGAAGGCCGCAUGGCUGAGGGGCAUGAAGCUGGGAAACAAGAAAGUAACUCACAUGUUCACCGCUUACCAGCAGGCUUCUUGCUGACAUACUUCCUAGAGUAUUACGGACGGAUAUUCAAUCCUCAAGCGGAGGGCAUUGCGGUAGAUCAAGGGUAUGGUCUGACCUUUCCGCUCGGUGAAUUCUGCGCAGCUCGAGGCUUGCCUGUCGUUGCGGACCCCCUUACAAUCUUAGACCCGCUGGACCGAGCGGUCAAUGUCUCGCGAUGCGCUUUCCGCAUUGGAGAGAUACAAUACCUGUUCCAGCAAUGUUUGACCGCGCUGGAGACCCAGGGCAUGGAGAUGGCGCGCGCCAUGUUGCACAAACCUGCCGUCGAGGAUGAUUGGAGCCAUGUGGGUAGUGGCGGCGGUGUCGGCAAGAGAAAGAAGUCGAAGGGGACGAACGGGCAACGGCAACCAACGAAUUCUACAUCGUCCGUCCCGACGCCAAAAAAUGACGUGCUGAGCCUCAUCCUUGGGUAUUGAUUGAAUAGAAAUAUAACAAAAGUGCUUGAUACGAAGAUGAAAAGGAUACUCUUUUGAAAAUCAGAGGACAGAUUAGAUGAAUUAUGCGUGUGUUUGUCUUGCUAAACGAGAAGUCAGUAUGGGAAGAGGAGAUUAAAGCAGCGAAACAACAUAUUACAGUGUGAUAUUACGAAUAGAUACAAAUCUGCCCGAUCUCGUGAGCACGGCGGAUCCUGUCGGAGGAGCCCGAGCGAGCAACAAUUGAUAAGAAGAAAGCCACUGCAUGCC